AUCCAGUCUGUGACUCGUCUUUGCACUUGUUGUUUUCAAAAAGACUGUGUUAUAUGUUGAAAACGGGUACUUUGUCUUAUCAAGAAUUCGAAAAUGAGCUAUUGGACUUCAUUGAAAGAGCAAAGAAUAUCCAGGAUUCAUGGAAUGUAGAAUUUCCAAAGGUACGGUCGCUACGUACGGUCGCUGUAUGAGCUCAGGGGCUUAUACAGUGUUAUAUGCCCGGCCAAUUAAAUGUGUAAAGGAAGGGUGCAGAUGUGAACGCUUUGUACAAGGUAGGGGUCAGGUUGAAUGGACGAUUGCAGAGCACUUGUAAGUGGUGAGAAAUGAAGGAGGAUUGUUACUCACGGUAGCAGAGGAGGAGAUUUAUAGGUGGAAUCACCCAACCCUUCAAAGGUAGACCCAGGCUAACCUGAGAUCAGGCCCAAUUUUAGCGGUUCUCAUACAUUCUCUCUAAUGGUUACCGCUAAAAUUGGGCCUGAUACAAACUCUCUCAUGUUUGUGCUCGUUACGGCCAGAUUUUGGCCGUAACGCUGAUCAGGGCUCGAACUUAACUUUUGAACUUAAUAGUCAAAUGGCUAGCACAUGCUCAGGCUUUACUAGCCAUAAACGUGUUUCUACUAGUCUAGGCACUUCUGUACAGCAUAAAAUAAAAAAAAAUGUCAAAAAUCCUGUUGUUAUCAAACGUUAAUGAAAACUGCAAAUCCAUGACAAUCACGCGUGGACUGUGAUCGUAGAUUUGCAUUUCAAGAUGGCGGACAUUUGUUUUUGGCUAGCUUUGCAUCAUAGGUACAGCUUGGCCCAUGCUCCCUGGUUGUACAAAAUUUCAAGAUGGCAGCGAAAAAAUACGAAACUGAAAACCGAAUAACAAAUAUUAUUCUUAUGUAGAAUUACUUUUCUUUCUUUUAUUCAUGCCAGUUGUUAAGGGGGGAAUGAAAUAAGAGGUUACUAGAAGGUGCGGAUCAACUGGGAAAAUGUUGAAAACAUUUCAAGGCUUAUGUUGUUUACAGGUGCGAAAAUUAACUAGCCAAGAUGGCUAGUAAAUGAGCUAAAUCCACUAGCCAAAAAUCAAAAUCUACUGGUAUUUGGCUAGUAGACCACCGCCAAGUUCGAGCCCUGGCUGAUUGGCUGUUAGAACAAUGUCUCAAGAUCUGAUAGUCGUUUUCGUUUCGCCUUGCCGGCCAGAAUGUUAUUGCAAAGCGAAACGAAAAUUGAGCCUGAUCUCAGGUUAGAACCAGGCAAUAAUUUGAACAUCAGGGCAGGUUCCAUUGCACUUGCUGAGAUCAAACAAGAAUGUUAUAAAGAAGCUGCAGGCUGUAACAUCAACUACUAGAGGCGAUUAAGGCUGGUAGUAAGGUUUGACAGGUAAGGGUCUGAUGGACCUUUGUAACAAGAUGUGGGACAAGAAGGAGGUGCUUGAGGAGUAGAAGAAGGGUCUGUUAAUCAGGAUUCUAAAGAAUGGUGACUUGAGCCACUAAAAAAACUGGCAUGGUAUCAUGCUUCUGAGUAAAGUAAAGCGUUUGGCAGAGUGAUAAUGGAGUACAUUAAAACGGCAUUGGACAAGAAAGUGAGAGGGGAACAGAAGGUCAGUUUUGGAGCUGUUAGGAGCUGUACCUACCACAUAGCAAUGCUGAUAAUUAUUGUGGAACAGAGUUUCAAGUGGUGGUUCUCCUUUUACGCCAGGUUUAAAGACCUUGAAAAGCCUUUGACAUUUUCCGAGGACAGUUGUUGUAGCUGUUAGGGCACUAGGGAAUACCUGUUGGGGUAGUUCCGACUUGGAGGCACACAAGGAUUUUAGAAUGUGAGGAGAGAGGACUUAUGUUGCAUGAGGCAAAAGUAGGGUCAGAAGAAGAGUGCAGUGCUGGCAAUGGAAAUAACAAAACAUCAUUUUUAGUUCUGAAUGUAACGUACAUUCAAAUGUUUUCCAAAACAUUGAUUACUGAGGCCCUGUUAGGGGUAAAUUCCAACAAGUGACAUGGCCUUGAACCGGUGACAUGAGAGCCACGAACUGGUGACCACUGACAGACUGUUGCAAUGAAUUAGCGAAAGCGACACCAAUGUCAAGACAGACAGACAGCGAAUUUGAGAAUUGUGAAUGCCCUGCAGAACAUUUGCGUGUACACUAUUCGGUAGUAAUUACUUAAUAAUGAUCAAUAAUGGCUAGUAAUGGCUAAUAAGGGUCCAAGAAAGGCAAACAGAAAUACGUCUCAUUUUACUGCUGUUUUGAUUGUUCAUUGCAUUUGAUUGACGUGUUCAGUGCAUCACUCCCUUUGAAGACUUUGCCGCUUUGUGUAUCAUGUUCUCCUCCUUCCUCACUCUUAUUAUAUUAUGAAGUACCAUAUGAGAUGAAACUCCCGUUUCGAGACCUGCCUUCUUUGUCUGUUCCAUCGUCAGUAGAAAUGGCAUGCAAAAGAUGGCCAGAGGUCGAUGAGAGACUGGAGGGACAGGUUGGGUAAACUGGUCCAUCAACUGACCGUUCGAAAUCAAAGUACCAAGGACAAUGUAGGUACACUUCCAUUGUUCGCAUACACAACACCAGAUCAGCCUUCAAGACCAUUAGAUUUUUCCACCACAGACGACCUCACAGCUAGAGAAACAGUGGUCACAGAGAUUGAGCAGGAAGCUGUCAGAGGAGCCAUUUUAUUUGAGGCCAACAGUGUUGUGGUUGUCAAGCGCUACCACAUACGUGGAUACCCGAACAGGGGACCCUUCGUUGUUGGAAUUGUCGUAGCUGAUGUCACUGAAGGCGGUGAAGAGGACAGCGACCUUGACUCUGAUGAUGACGAAAACCCAGCAGACGUCAUCUUUGGAGGAAUGCCACUUCGCACAACAUCGGGGAGAACUGUCAUCCGCCCAAAUCGUUCAUUUUUCACAGACUUCUUGUAAACGCAUGCCUUACAGAUAAUGAAUGGUUGAUAAUGUCCUUCCUCCUGGGUUGUUAUAGUUACGGAAAAGCACAGUCUGACAACUAAAUCAUAGUUUAACUCGGGAGAAACAUUAGACUCUUGCACUACCAGAAUUUUAGAAAUGUUAUCAUUGCUCGAGUGUUUUGCCAGAUUAGGCCUCGAUUCACGCCAAGCCAUUUUAAAAAUAUCUCUACACUUGUAUAGUUUAGUAAAUGGAAUUUUAUUGACUUCAAUUACCAUCCCAAGUAGUCUGAAUGAAUAUCAAACAUUUAUAAAGGUCUUAAAACCCUGGGCUUAAAAGUACUAAAGAUAGAGGCCGUAUGUUCUGUUGGUGUCGUUGCAGCGAAUGUGGAUUGUCAGACUGGCAACUAGCUAAAAAAUUAUUAUUGAUAUUCCUACAGGCGACACGAGAAUGUUCCGAAAUUGCGACAUAGCUGGCUGUGAAAUUCAGACAGGGCACAUGGGCACCCCCCCUAACAGGUCCUCAUUACUGAAUGGCUCAAAUUCCUUACCCAACCCGUGGAAAGUUCAAAUUUCCCUUCCCCUUCCCCCAGGUAAGGACUUUUAUGUUGAAUUUCAUGCUUCCUGGACCCCAAAAAGUGGCCAAAUGCCUUGGGGGAUUGUGAAUGGGGGUCAAAUUUUGAACUGAUUAGUGCAUUAAAAACUUGUUCAUGUUCAACUUAUGAUUAAGCUUCAUUCUGCUCAACAAUUUUCAACUUUAUCUAUCAAUGUUGCUUGGCAAAUAUUAAUGACUUGGUUUUUUUAAUCCUUUGUCCUUUAAAGGGAAAAUCAAAAGCAAGAAAGUUUCUUGUUAAACGUCAAGUCAAACCUGCACUAAGUGGCCACAAGGAAAGUGAUCAUGAGAUUAACAAACCUUUCCCAGAGGAAAAUAAAUGGGGAGUGACAGAAAAUGAUGAAGUAAGAUGUUUUGCCCAUGUUCACAUGUUAUUACAUUGUCAUCAGUUUCAUUUUGCUUUAUUGACCUAAUCAAAAGGCAGAUGAAACAACCCCAAAGUGAUCACUACAUGCAGUGGUGUGUGUAGCACUGCAUGGAGGAUUUUGUUGAGGAACAAGACAAGUAUCUUUGUUCAAGCAUCAGUUACCUACAACUGUUAGAAAGUCUCAUAUAAGUCUAAUAUUCUAAAAUUAAAAAAAAUGGUAUUUAAGUGAUAGAAAUUAAUACUUAACAAGCCAGGAUUUUCACUCUAGCAAACCUCGACUACAACUCUCAAGAAGGGCAGGUUUGGAAUUAUAAAAAAAAAACGGAGGCUCAUUUCUGAUACCAUAUCGGAAGCAGUUUUGUAACCGUUUAGGUCGCAAGAGUGACCAACAUCAAUUUUCCUCUCACAACAUCAGCAGAUCAUCAAGAGUAAAGGUUAUGAGAAUUACUAAAUUGAUUAAAAAAGGGAGAAUGCUUUGAUUUUAAACCAAAUUCUCUCAACUAUUCUUAAAAGAAAUGUAUUGAGAUCAGUCUGGAGAAUUUGUAUGUGGAUCUUGGGGCUUAAAGGGUUAACUAAGUAUGAAUUUACUAAUUUUGCAGGACUGCACAGUGUCAGUUGACCAGCUGUCAGAUGUACAUGGUGAAUUCUUGAAGUACGAGUAUCAUAUCGUGUACAGCGACAGCUACAGUGUACCUGUUUUGUAUUUUACUGCUUGCAGACAUGGUUUGUAUUUUGGUUAACAAAGUGCAUAGCCUUAAUUUUAAUCCUAGCUCCCAGAAAAAUAUUGUCAAUACCUCUGCAUAUCACUGCAUGUACCGCCCAUUCUUAUUAAAUAUGCUUGAAAUCAUUUGGUGAAAAUUUUUGAGACCCUUAACCCCUUCACACAAAAUUGGUCAUCAUAGCCCCACCCAUGCCUAAAAAUUAUUCACCACAUUAAUGUAGUAUUCAUGUAAAGAAUUAUCCUCAUUGCUUCUACCAUGAAUAUAAACUUGACAGUUGGCAGUACUUGCUGUUAGUAGUUGUUCUAAUUAAGUUUGAUAAAAUCCCCAGAAAAAGGACAUGAUUAAAUGGUCAGGGGAAUGUUUUUUUUUCGUAUUAAUUGACUUGGUGAUCUGUUUGUGUUCCAUUCACAUUCCAUUAGCACAUAUUUUACCGAUUUUUAAUAGCGAGCUUUUUUCCAGGGGUCAGCUGAGUAAAACUUUUACAAGUGAUGCUGUUGUUUCAGAGUGUGAAAACCAAUACCUGCAUUUUCUUGUAAUUAAAAUUACACUUGUAACAUUCAAUUACCCUUUGACAGUAUCACCUCUCAAUGAACCUUUCUUGCUCAGGAACUCCGCCCCUGCUUGCUUAGCUCUUCCGACCUUAGAAUCACACCCCUCUCCCACCACAGCAAGGUGAUAGCAGUGAGUGUACGCAACAGGAUGGCAGGAAGAAGAGGACGGCAAAACGGUUGUGUGUGCAAACAUGACAGGGCUAUUACUGGCAUGUUUUGUCAUGAUCUUCAAUUACAUUUAUGUUUUCUGGUCUUUUACAAAAAGGUAUGUUUAAAGGAGAGUGAAGUUUGGCAAAAAGUUAUUUCAAACAAAAUUAUAGUUGUGAAUGCUUGUCACACAAGGUUUCCUGUUCUGUUGCGUAAGUUCACUUGGCUCAAUAAAAAUCUAUGUGUAAUUGUCUCUGUUUAUGAUAACUUGUUGUUGUCUACUAGUGUACUUUGUAAUUUAAAUUAUUAUGAAAACGUUGAACUUACCGGCUGGUAUAAGACUCCAAAUUAAUAUUGUCCUGUGUUGUCUAGACUCAAUAUAAGGAGGUUUAAUUUAAGUCAGUGUUAUAAUUUGUAUCAUACAUUGCAGAUGGUAGACUAUUAAGUCUGAAGGAAGUUUGGGAGAAUGUACCAGACAUUUAUCAUGACAGACUUGAGUAUGAAAAGUGGACCUUUCUAACCCAACAGGUGGGUAUUACUUUGUCAGGUUGAUCCACACAGAUGCUCUCCCUGCUUCUCAGGAAAACAAACAGUGCCCCCUUUACCCAAACUAUGUUGUUCUUUGUUGAUUAAGGUCAAUAUUGGGUAGAGCAUCUUUUAGAAAAUAUAAUUAGUCAUGAUGUGCAUGUUAAAGCAAGGUCUUAGAAAGCUGCACAUAUUCUACAACAUUAAACAGGGGGAGGGGAGGAAGUACUGCUGUUAGCCAUUGACCAAGAUACAUGCAGUGCAAAGAAAGGAAUGCGUAACUUGGUAACAGUGAAGUGGAAAUCCAAAAUGAGUCACUUUGCUUUUAGUAAGACAUUGCAUAGCAUUAAUAAAAAAUAAAUUAAGCAAGCACAAAGUCAUAGUAAAGAAAACCUCUGAUACCUAGUAGUGCUAUGAGAAAAUUUAGUUUCGGUUUUGUAAGCAGUUAAACAAAUUGCCUGAGAUUUCAGUCAGUUAGAUGGUAAAAAAACUGAAUCAGAAGCAAUUUUUAGGUCACUGUCAAGCUUUGAGCUGCAUAAUAUGUAUACAUGAUCAGAUAUGGCUUUUUUAGUGAAAAAAAAGACGUUCAUGGGUCACAAAUUAAAGAAACUGCCCUAGGAAAGUGAAGGUUUUUUUGCAUAUAAUUUGGGAUUUCUGCCAAAUAUACUGUGGUAACCAUUGAGAAAAAUAAUGUUUGACAGUCUGUUUCCUUACUCAAAAAAAAAAAAUUAAAAAGCCUAAGGCAAAAGUUUUACAUGCAUCCGAAAAUAAACAAAAUAUCAAGGGGAUGUUUUAGCAAAGAGCCCUUUAAUUGAGUGUCGCUUGAUUUACUGAAUGGCGGUUACCGGUACCUAAUAUUCUCUAAUUCUAUGACAGCUGUUAUACUUAUAAUGUAGGGCUGUGCUCUAGUAGAGCCCGGUGGCCCUUGGCGCCUAACUUUUGCUCUUGGGUGAUUAGAAAAUCUUACUUUCUUCAUACAAAUCAUAUAUGCUGGGCACCCUAGAUUUUACAGUUUCAGAGUUCUGAGCUCCCUUCAAUUUUCCUUAGAGCACAGCCUUGUAAAUGUAUGUCACCUGCCAUUUAAUUAUUUGUUUUUUUGUAGAGCCCGGCUACUAAUCAUUUCUUUCUUGUCAUAGGAACACCCUUACCUUGGGGUUCCAUUCUACCAGCUUCAUCCUUGCCACACUGCAGACAUGAUGAAGAGGGCAUUAAGUAUUCACUCAGACAGGUACAGUAUGUAGUGUUGUGGACCUCUUUUCCGUAGAGAAUGGCUUUUUCAUCGCUGUCUGAUCUUAUAGCUUCUUUUUUGACAAAGGAAGCAGAAAGGAAUCCCUCUUUAAUUUCCCAAUUCAGACCAUGUGAUGUUCUUUAAAAAGGAAUUUUCUAAAUUAUACAUGGCAUUAUUUUAAUUUAUACAUACAUGCACAUUUGAAAGAAAAAGCUCUCCAGGAUAACAUCAUUGUUUGGUAUCAGAAAAUUGCAUUAUUUUGAGUGCAAUUUGCAAUGCCCCAGUAUGUUUACAAUAAUUGAAAAAUAUCUACUAUGGCCUAAGAUUACAAUAUUUAUCAAUAUGCUGUUAAAUAUACUUAAAUUAAUUUCAAUGUGAAAUGGUGCAAUUACAAAAUUAAUACAGGAUAAGACUACUAAUCGCAAUGAAAGUUAAAAAAUAUUUUAUAUAUAUUAAUAGCAUGGUGAAAAAAAAUAAAAUACACCAUAUGAGAUAGCAAUUAUGCCAUAUGAGUUAGUUUAUCAAUAAGAUAAUUGUGCCAGAUAAAAAUAAGUGUGUCCAGGAAGCUUAUAGGGCUAGGUUUCAUUAACCUGUAGCUGAAGAAUAGCCUCAAUGUCAGGCGUUCAAGGGGGAGGGGAAUGAAGAGAAAAGGAAGCCAUGCGUUGGGGCUACUGAUGGAGAUUAAGUAAUUAUCAUAACAAAGCUUGAUAUUAGAUAAUCAUAAUCUUUUCUCCACAGGCCUCUUAAUUAUCUUAUCACAUGGUUAAGCACAGUCGGACCAGUCGUGGGCCUCAAUCUUCCUUUGGCAUACUCAGUUUAGUUCUCAAUGGCAAUAGAAUACAUGGAGCAGUUGGUAGAAGCCAUGAACUAUUGGAAUGAUUUAAAGAGGCCAAACGGUUUUUGAAGGAUUAAAGUAUAAAUAUUAUUAAAAAUAAAAGAUUCAUGUGAAUAUGUUUGUAGC